UUUAAUAUAUUAAUUUCUAGAAGAAAAAGUUUUUAUUUAUUUAAACAAUAUUUUAUUAAUUCAUAGUUUUAGACUUAAUUUUACUUACGUUAGUUUAAGCGAAUGGAUAAAAUUGAGUACUCACUUUAUAAAGUUUGUUCUAAAAUCAUUGCACAUACUCAAAAUGAACUCCCAACUUAGCAAAAUGUUCACGACAAUACUUAAGCAAAAGAUUUAUGUGAUUCCGUUAUGCUAAAAUUUAAUGAAUUCGAUCAGCUUUUCGAUAGAUUAACAAAUAUUGUUUAAUAUUUGCAAUACGAUUAGCCUGAAGAGAAGAAAAUGAUAGAUAUUGAGAGAUAGAUUUAAGAACAUCAAAAUGAAAUUUGGAAUUGUGGUGAAAAUUUAAAUAAACUGCAUCACGAAUUCAUUAAUAGUCCUUGGGUAAAUAUGGAAAGUGUUAAUUUAAUGUAUGGAAGAAAUGGUUAAGUUAAAAUGGAGUUAUUGGAUGGGUAUAAUUUAGGGAUGGACUACAAAACUAAACAAUAGGAGAAAAAACAUUUAAUGAGAAAAAAGCUUUUAAGCAUGAAAAAACCUCCAAAAGUAGAUAAAAUAAAGCUUAAAGAUGAUAGAUGUAUUGUGAAAACAGAUAUAUACUAAAUAAACUAUGAUUUAAUUUAUGACUAAGAAACUGAUACUUUCAAUUGGAAAAUCCCUAGAACAAAGGAUAUUUAGAUAUCUGAUAAUGGUUUAUCAUAUUUGUAAAACUUCCUAAAAGAUGAAAAAAGUAAAAAGGAUAUUUAAACUGCUUUGGAUCAGGUUAACAAAUCUAUAAUUCAAUUAAAAAAAGAAAUAAUUGCUUAGACUAAAGAAAGAAAGAAGCGCUAGUAAUUGUUUGAAGCUAAGAAGGAGGUGUAGGAAGACCUUAUUAAAACAGAGCACUUCAAUGUUAAAUAAGAGGCAUAAUCUUAAAAUGUAAAAUUAGAACAUUAUUCGUAACCUAUGAAUGUGAAAUCCGAAUAUAAAGGAAAUGAUGCUUUAGCUGAAGAUAGUAAUAUUGAAGAAGAAUACAACUACUAGAUACUUUGCAAUAAAUAUGAGAUGAUGGUUUCUUAUGUAUUUUGCUUUAUAGAUUAGAAAAUUAAAACCUUAUUCUCAGAUUAAGUUUUGGAGAUUUUAUAGAAAUAGGACAAAGAAAACUUACAAAAAAAAUUUGGGCCAGAGGUUGUUUAUCUUCAAAAAAAAUCUGACAUUAAAGAUGAAUUGAAAUUCAACUACGUAUAGAUUCGUUUCAAGCCUUAAACUGCGAUGCUUUAAACUGUCUUAAAAUAGGAGAAUUUGAUCAAAAACAAAGCAGAAAAUAAUAUCACAUAAACAUCAAUUUUCAUAGAACACAUUUCUUACGACACUAAUACCUACUAUUAAUUUAUACUUUCCUAAGAGAAAAUUAAUUUUUAUCGUUAAAUUAGAGCUAAAUCUCAUUAAGAGCAAAAGGAAAUUAUUGAAAAAAUACAAUAUUAUAAACCAAGCCAAUUAAUUAAGGAAAAAAUUAACUAUAAGAAUUUAAUUAUUUAAGAAGCUAUCAAAAAUGAUUUGCUUCCUAAAUAAAGUUUCUCUUUAACACCGUUCGAUACUAUUUACAUUAAAUCUAAUAUUACCCUCAGCUAAAUUGACUCUACUCUACUGAGGCCUUUCAUAAAUUUGGAGGACUAAAAUUAAAUUUAGGUGGAUUCUUUAUUUUUAAUUCAUAAACCCAAAGAAUUAAUAAUUUAACCAGAAAAUGUAGAUAAUCCUUCAAACUCUGAUAACGUGAGUUAUUUAAGAGUUGUGAUAGGAGAUAAAAUAGAUUUAGAAAUUAUACUCUAGUAGUACAGAGUAAUCAUGCUUUAGCAAUUUUUUAUUUCAAACUAUAAGCUAAGCUAGAGUCUGCAUGAUGAAAAUUCAAUGCAUUUAGAAGUUUAUGAUGAAUAGUAAGCUAGCAACAUGGUUUUACUAAUUAGACAAAAAAGAUAGUUAUAUGAUGAGGACAUUAAAUAAAUUAGUAUAAACAAAAUAUAAAGCAAGUAUUUAACCCAAGCUGUAUUUUAGCUUUAAAAUCAUCCUCUAAUAAAAAACAUAAUCUACUAGGUCUUGAUUUGUGUUAGGAUAACCUGUGAUGACCUAGACAGUAAAGACGAUAAGGAGAUAUACUAAAUAAUAAUACCAUAUCUGACAGAUAAGCAGCACUACAUAAUUUAUAAUAGUUUAAACGAAGAUAUUAUUGAAUUAGAUUCAUAAAAGGAGCAAGAAUUAGAUGAAUUGAUAUAGGAUUUGCAAAGAAAAGAGCAUAUUAUUUAGAAUUUUGUAAACACUGUUUAUAUAGCACAAGCUGUUUAAAAAAAUAUUUUGCACUCCUAAUUUAGAGCAAUAAGUUAGGAAUAAAACAGCGACUACAGUUAAAUUACUAUUGAGUGUAGAUUAAAAGAUGAGUUAAAUUCAGAUAAGCCAAUUAAAAUUUACAUAUAAAAAAACUUUCAUAUAAAUUUGGAAUAUAACUUUGGUGAAUUGAGAAACUAAUGCAAAACAGAGGAAAUACCGAGAAACUAAAGUUUAUCUAGCUUCUACAAACAAUUCACUUUUAAUUUAGAUUUAAAUAUCUAAAAAUCAUUGAAAGAUAUAUAUUCCAGGUAUAAUUACUUGAGUGAUGAUAGAACAAGGAUUAUAAAAGAAUUCCUCAAAUUGAAAAUUUCAAAUGAUGAAUGGUUUACUCAACACAAUUUGAAAACUAGACCUGAAACUAUUGUACAUCACCCUAAUUAGCAACACACAGGAAGUAAUUAAGGUAUAUAACAAGGAAUUAACGGUUAAUAGAAUGGUUUAAAUCAUUAUAAUCAAUAAAGGCCAAAUUAAAACCAAUUCUAAAAUAAUUCUAUAUAGUAAUAAAAUAACUCUUAGGGUUUACCAGCAAAUCAGUAAGUAGUGGGUUAAGGAAAUCAUUAAUAAUCUGGAAAUCAAUAACGCCCAUAUGCUUAGAAUUCUAAUUUUAAUCAAUAAUAAUAACCCUAAUAGUCAUAACCUGGGACAUAAGUUUAAUAAAAUGGAGCUAUGAAUAAUAGUUAUGGUUAGCAAACAGGAUAAUCUACCUAAAGAAAUCCUUAACAGUAUUACUAAAAUUAAUAAUAGUAUGGAAAUAAUAAUUACAAUAAUUAAGCAUAAUAGCAAUAAAAUCCUAACUAAUAAGGUGUUGGCUAGUAAUCUGGUGCAAAUAAUUAUGCUCACAUGAAUGGAGCUUAGAACUCUUCGUAUAACUAGUAAUAAUAUUAAAAUUACCAACCAAAUAGUAACAGACCUAAUUGA